AUGUCCCUUCACGGAAGUCGCGCCCUCGACGCCGCCGCCGCGCCAUCAUUAUUGCACCUUCACUUCUCCCCACAGCGCGCCGAGCCUGAUUCCACGAGGCACAUUGCGAAGAUGGUGCUCUCGUUCAUCCUCAUUCAGAAUAGGCAGGAAGACAAGAUUGGCGAAGUGGAUGAAGAGAAAGUCAAGUUAAAGGGCGAGGUCCACCGCCUCAUCGCCCCACGCGACCAAAAACACCAAUCCAACUUCGUCGAGUUCCGCAACAUGUCCAAGAUCGUGUACCGCCGCUACGCCGGCCUCUUCUUCUGCGCCUGCGUCGACACAAACGACAACGAACUCGCCUAUCUGGAAGCCAUACACUUCUUCGUCGAGGUGCUAGAUGCCUUCUUCGGGAACGUGUGUGAGCUGGACUUGGUGUUUAAUUUCUACAAGGUGUAUGCGAUACUGGAUGAGGUGUUUUUGGCGGGUGAGAUUGAGGAGACGAGUAAACAGGUUGUGCUGACGAGGUUGGCGCAUUUGGAUAAACUGGAGUAG